GGGGGUUACUACAUUAGUUUGCGUAGCAGCAACGGGCAAAUGCACAUCGACAGUAAACGCCUCUACCCCAUAGUCAAUGAACAACAAUACUUACACGGGUUAGUUGUGAUUAGUUUCCCGCUGUUCUCUCAUGGAGAGGCUGCGAGAAAAUAUAAUUCGUGGAGCUGACAACUUAUUACGUACGACCUUAACCAUUACAACAGCAACUGGUGCCGGUGAGACACAGCAGUGAACAGGGCCCAGAAAGAUCUGUACAGCACCCUACGGUACUGUCGUCGGAAACAGCGGCCUCGAGGUUAAAAAAAAACCUUCAGCCUGGCAGCGGUAACAGCAGCAGCAGCGCUGCCAAUGUGGCUGAAGGCGCCAUGAGGCAGGGGCUGGGACCCUGCUGAGGGGAGAGGGGGGCGAGGAGAGGGAGGCGAAGAGGGGGAGGACGAGGAGGAGGGGAGGGAGACGAAGAGGAAGGGAGGGGAGUUGGAGCGAUGGCGAUGUUCGCGCUGCGCCUCGUCACCGUCGAGCCGCUGUUGUCGCGGCGUCCGCGUCCAGCGCUUGACGCGACGCGGAGCGCCUUCCGCGGCGGGGCCGCUGCGACGACAGCGCCCGUGCUACGCCUGUUCGGGUCCACGCCGGCCGGGCAGAAGGCGUGCGUGCAUCUGCACGGAGUGUUCCCCUACCUCUACGUGCCCUACGACGACUGUGGUGGUGGGCAGCAGCUCCCCGAUGCGUUUCUCCGUCAAUUCGCCUUCAGCAUUGAUCGAGCUCUCAACGUGGCCCUCGGGAACCCCUCCUCCUCGGAACAGCACGUCUUCAAGAUCUCGCUGGUUUCUGGAAGGCCUUUUUAUGGAUUUCAUGAAAAAGAAAGGCUUUUCAUGAAGAUCUAUCUCUACAACCCCAGGAUGGUGAAAAGCUGCCAGCUUCACACGGACACCCGCCCUUACUUCAGGGCUGCGCUUUGUCGUUGCUCAACUUUCGUGCUCUUCACCCUUCUUCCAAGAGGGCCUUUGCUGGUGUCCGAGCUUCUACAGGGAGGCGCUGUGAUGAAUAAGUCCUUCCAGCCCCAUGACGCGCACGUCCCGUACGUUCUGCAGUUCUUCAUCGAUUACAACCUCUACGGCAUGAACCUCCUCAAGCUGGCUGCUGUCAAAUUCAGGCGAGGGUCUCCUCCGGACAAACGAGGUGAAGUUCAAGCCAGCGGUCCUGAACCAAAGCCCACGGACACACAUUGGGUUUUCAAUUCGGAGCCGAUGGAGGAAACGCAAACAAGCUUAAUGAGAUGGUGGCAUACUGGCAGCAUACCAAGUUCGCUUUGGCUGGGUGAGGAGGUGACACGGCAGAGCCGCUGUGAGUUGGAGCUGGACGCUGUAGCAGCAGACAUUCUCAACAGACUGGACAUCGAAGGCCAGAUCGGACAGAACCCAGGGCUGUGGGCCAUCUGGGAGGACGAGAAGCAGCGGCGGCGCGACGCCGGAGACUCCUCACAGAUCGGCGUCCCAGCCUCGCAGGCCCGUUUAAUUGAAGACGAUGGUCAAAGAGAGAUCGUUAAACAAAUACAGGAAAUGUUGCAGCGCUAUUCGUCUUGUGAAGGGACCCUGCCGCUGUGUACACGUGCUGAGUAUACGCCAGGGGAGACAUCCAUGAGCCUCGGCCCACCCACCUACAUGGAUGUGACCAGCGAAGACGGCGAAGUGCACGUCUCCGAAGAAAUUAAUCACGGUGAUGCAGUCGUAAACGACGAUGCCAUCCGGAGUGUCGUCGAGAGCAGCCAGCUCUUCUCGCCGCGCGGUAGCCAGAGUCGAGAUUCUCAGCCUCUCGAAAACAGCGGAGACGAGACGAUGGUUCACUUACUGGCUGGAUUCGAAACAGAUGUUGGCACUCGUCAAGAAAGUGCAACGCGAGUUUGCUCAGGAGAUACCGAGAGGGGCACGGGAGAAUAUAGAUCACCCGCAGUGGCCUUGCUGAAUAGCAGGGACACCGUCACCUGUUUUGAAGGGGGUGGGGAUGGUGAUGAAGAUGAGGAGGAGCUGAGCUUCGUCAUGACGCAGCCGUGGGAUGCGGUCGCGCACAGAGAAGUUCAUUGCGACACUUUGAAGAACUCUUCAGGGGAGCAACAGGAAAUUAUUACCUUGCCUAAGAUCGCUGCUACGACACAUGACAAAGAUACCAGUGAGACACAGGGCACAGGGUGUGACUGCCUUGCACGGCAAGUGCCAGCAAGAGCCAACAGUGACGUCGGCAGCGACGCCCAUAUUGCAUCCUCGGCCUCUUUGUUCAGCAGGAGCGGACAAAGUGCUGCCUCAUGCGACUAUCGCCAUGGUGCCUCUGCGACCUUUGUCUCAGGUUUGCCUGAAACGUCUCGUAAAGCCAAACACAUGGAAGCUGUGGCGAGGGAUAGCUUUCCGUCUGGAAGUUGCAACGUCAGUAGUUUUGGUAAAAAUCUCGAUAAAAUAUCUCCAUUGUCUCCACUGGCGAUGUUACUUGAUAGUUCAUUCAAUGUGGAACAAAUAUCGAGGGAAGAAUAUGUUGUCAAUAAACAAAAAAGUGCAAGAGAUGAAGCAGAUACGCACGAUGAGUGCAGAAAACAUGCCAAACAAACAAUAACCACUACAAGGGUCUAUCUUGACACUGAGAGCUACUCCAGUGUAAUGCCGAUGUCUCCGUGCGGAGUGCAGAGGAGUCCACCAGUGAUGAUUAAUGACAACGCACUCAACUUUGACCGUAUGCGACUCAAGGGGGACAGGAAAAUGGCUGUUGAAGUUUCAAUGUUCAAACCGUGCCAAUCACCAUCAUUUCUCAGUGACCUUAAAAUUUCAGUUGUAAAAAAUGAAGAUGCCAUUUUUUUCCCAGAUAGGACGUCUAAAUCAUUUAGCAGUCCACCUUCAGAAAACAGAAGACAUUCAGUAAAUGAUACCACCAAGGUGGUAUCUGAUGAUACAGAAUAUGUCCAGCAUCCUGGUUUUGCCUCUUAUUACAGUUCAUGUAUCAGUGACCAUGACUGUGAAUAUUCAGAUGUCAUGUCAAAGCUGAGCUACUGGUCACAGCAUAGCUCUAUGAAGGAUGCGGCCUCUCCUCCUCAGUGCUGGUCCCCAAGUGACUCCACGAUUGAGUGGCGUUCCCUGCCAUCCAAUUUGCCAACGCUCACCCAACCUGAAUUCCAAACAAACAACAAAGUGGUGGAAUCUCGAUCGCGCGAGAACCUUUUGAUCACUUCCGAAGUAAACGAGAAACAGGACAACUUGAAUUGGUCUUGUGAAAUAAGAGCCAUAGAACUAGAGAAACACAGAGGGGACUCACUCUCUGACACUGCAAUUCACGAUAAGCCUCUUCAAGGCCAAGCUCAGGGCCCUGCAUGCGCUGUGGUGCCCACAUCUCCCAUGAACGCCGCCUGCGCUUCACCAUGCCAUUCGCUUACUGAAAGCUCUGCGCGGGUCGCGGCUUUACAGGUACCCACCGCCUUGAAGAGCACCGUGGCAUCGGUUGCAGACCCUACGCAGGAUACCUGUGCAUCUCGUACGCUAUUGCUGAGAGCUCCGAUUGUUGCCUCUGAUUCUCAGCCUUCUCUGCCAGCCUUGGAUUUUCAGCAGAAGGCCUGUAAUUCAGAACUGUCGUCGAUAAGCAUGGCAGCUCGCAUCUGGAAGUCUGAUCAAGUGUGCACCGACUCUCUACGCUCAUCAUGGUCAUCAACGCCUUCACAGAAAUUCAUGGCAAAACCAUUAAUGUCACCUCCAAAAUCUAGCAAAGUGCUGGCAACAAUGACAAAAUACAACCUGCCAGGGACCACAUACCAAGGUGCCUACUGCAGUGAUCCGGCCGAUGUUCCUGCAAAAGAGAGGGAAGUUGGUGAGAGGACACUCAAGGUGGAGUUGAAACAUGGUACUGACCUGCGCGAGAGUGAUGGGAGGUUUGCUGCCCAAGGCUUGAAGCACUGGCACGCUGUGCGCACCGCAGUAGCGCAGACUGAAGGCCACGUCGCCUCUGUAUUCAACCCUGGUGAAUUACAGACACGUGAAUUAGAACAUAGUGAUAUCCAAGAUUAUAGCAGAGAAGAUAAAUCAAUUCACAGCAAAUUGAUUGUGGUGAUGUCUCCUUGUAAAGUUCCACCGAGUAUACAGAAAGUACGCUACUGGUUGAAAGCGAGGCAUCAUUAUGAGAAAGCUAAAGCAAAACUCGCAAGUGCCGCUUUACCAAGAAACACAAGUGCCUCCAAAAUAGCAACUGAAGGGCGUCCCUGGCAGUGGGAAGGGCACAGCACUAGGGCUGUCGUUUCUCAUAAUUACUUGGGAGUUGGUGACCAACCAGACGCAUCAACAACGGUUUUUCCUAGCGCAAAAAAGGACAUGUUGGAGGCAGAAAUCGGAGAGUCUGCUGCUGAAAAUGCAAAGAUAUUGGUGCUGUCCCCGGUGAAACGACCCUUUGCAGAUGUGGCACAUUGCAGCUCUGGUGAACUUUUACAAUCGGAAGCUCGGCAACCAAGUGAACAUCACUCACAUCAAGAACCUGUAGACCCCCCCACGGAGAGCAGACAUGUGGAGGUUGCAGUGCUGCCUACAAGCAUAAUUCACAGCACCCCUGUCGCACCCAGAGUCAGUGAUAAAAUGAAUCUUGCAACAGUGUCUCCAAUCCCCACAGCUUGUGCCUCUGAAUCUGCAGCUGUCCGUGGUGCUGAAGUGGAAGAUGCCGUUGCUGAGGAUUUGCCGAAGAGGCCAGCCACUCUGCAACGCAUGGUGUUUAAAUCCCAAAUUAAGAGAAGGAUGUUCUCUCCAGGUGAAAAAGAGACGUCACAAAUAGAAGGGCCAACACUGAACAACACCUAUGGCUUUAAAAUCAGCCAACAAAACCUGAACAAUGCAAAAUCUCUCCACGAGAUCCAGCAUUUAACCCUGAUGAGCAUGGAGAUGCAUGCCCGCUCGAGAAAACACCUCGUUCCCGAUCCCAACUUGGACCCAGUCUGCUGCAUCUUCUACCACAUCAUGUGUGAUGCUCCUCUGCCAGGGAGAGACGCAAACGAUGUGACCGGACUUAUUGUUCAAGAUGCUGCGCACGGCACAGCUCCAGGUUCUAAAGAUGCUGGUCUACCGGCAAGGUCAGAGGUGUCUGGCCUUGAUGUAAUUCACGUCUCGAAGGAGGACCAACUCUUCCAUGAACUGGAACAAAUUGUACAUAGGUUUGACCCUGAUAUUUUGCUUGGGUAUGAGGUCCAGAUGCUUUCUUGGGGCUACUUGCUGCAGCGAGCAGCUGCACUUAAAAGGGACUUCAAAAGCACCAUCUCAAGGAUGAAGGUAGAACCCACAGAAACUCAAGUUGGUGUUGGAAAGAAUGAGGAAGACGAUGACUUUCCAGACAUUCACAUUGGGGGUCGAGUCGUUCUGAACCUGUGGAGCCAAAUGAGGUCUGAGGUCACGCUGAACAUAUACUCCUUCGAGAAUGUGGCGUAUCAUGUGUUGCACGAGAGAUACCCACUGUUCAACUUCCGCACACUAUCUGAUUGGUUCGACAACAAAACCGGUCCUUUCAGGUGGAAAAUGGUUGACUAUUAUGUCUGCCGUGUUGUUGGGAAUAUUAAAUUGCUGAACCAGUUGGAUUUUAUUGGCAGAACGAGCGAAUUGGCCAGAUUGUUUGGAAUUCAGUUCCAUGAGGUUCUGUCUCGAGGAUCCCAGUUUCGUGUGGAGUCCAUGAUGCUGCGAGUAGCAAAGCCGCUGAACUACAUCGCAGUGUCCCCUAGCGUGCAACAGCGCGCACACAUGCGAGCCGCUGAGUGCCUGCCGCUAGUGAUGGAGCCCGAGUCGCGAUUCUACAGCAGCCCAGUGCUCGUCCUUGACUUCCAGUCUCUCUAUCCGUCAAUCAUCAUUGCAUACAACUACUGCUACUCGACCUGCCUGGGAAGGGUGGAGCACCUGGGCACCAACAAUGAGUUUCCGUUUGGCUGCUUAUCACUGAAAGUUCCACCGGACCUCCUGUCCAGCUUGAGGAAUAAGAUAACCAUCUCUCCCAACAGAGUGUCCUUUGUCAAGGCGUCCGUGAGGAAGGGCGUGCUGCCCCGCAUGCUGGAGGAGAUCCUGCAGACGCGCAUCAUGGUCAAGCACUGCAUGAAGGACUACCGCGGAGACGGGGCGCUCACGCGGCUGCUGCACGCGCGGCAGCUCGGGCUCAAGCUAAUCGCUAAUGUCACGUUUGGCUACACCGCCGCCCACUUCUCCGGGAGAAUGCCCUGCGUUGAGGUGGGCGAUAGUAUUGUGCACAAAGCCAGGGAGACACUGGAACGAGCAAUCAAGCAAGUGAACGAGACAAAGGAAUGGGGAGCGCGGGUUGUGUACGGCGACACAGACAGCAUGUUCGUGUUGCUGGAGGGAGCCUCGAAGGAGCAGGCGUUCCGCACUGGAAAGGAGAUUGCUGCAGCAGUGACAGCAGCCAACCCCAGCCCCAUCAAACUCAAGUUUGAAAAGGUGUACCUGCCAUGCGUGCUUCAAACCAAGAAACGCUACGUGGGAUACAUGUAUGAGAGCCUGGAGCAAAAGGAUCCUGUGUACGACGCCAAAGGAAUCGAGACCGUGCGCAGGGAUGGAUGUCCUGCUGUGGCCAAGGUCCUGGAGCGGUCGAUAAAGUUGCUGUUUGACGAGAAGGACAUCAGCAGAGUGAAGCAGUACGUGCAGAGGCAGUGUAUGAAGAUACUUGAGGGCAGAGCCUCCAUGCAGGACCUCAUCUUUGCCAAGGAGUACCGGGGCAGGUCUGGCUACAAGCCUGGGGCUUGUGUGCCAGCACUGCAUGUGGCCCGGAGGAUGUUUGCAUGUGACCGUCGAUCUGAGCCACGUGCGGGAGAGAGGGUCCCCUAUGUGAUCGUCCACGGGGCCCCGGGCCUCCCGCUCAUCCAGCUGGUGAGGAGGCCACAGGAGCUCCUGCAGGAGCCCAGCCUGCUCAUCAACGCCCCCUACUACGUCUCCAAGCAGAUCCUCCCACCGCUAGACAGGCUGUUGUCAUUGAUCGGGGUGGAUGUCUUCAGAUGGUAUCAGCAGCUGCCGCGUUCGGUCAGGGUCUGGGCAGCCCACCACCAGUCGUCAGCCGAAGGGAGAAAGGCCACAAUUGUGCAGUACUUCAGUACCGUAAACUGUCCAGUGUGCGGCGAUAUCACCAAGGAUGGAAUCUGUGGACAGUGCAGACAGCAGCCCCAAGAAGUGGCCGUUUUGCUGCUGCAGCAGAUUCACAGCCAGGAGCGCCGGCAGGCACAGCUGCUUCAGAUCUGCAGGAGCUGCACCGGUCAUGCUGAGUGGAAGCCUCCUUGCUGUUCAACAGACUGUCCAACACUUUUCCGCUUGCUCGUGACUGAGAAGGGCCUUUGCCAGGCAUCUUAUAUCCGCAGCCUCAUAGACCAAUUUUAACAGGUUCUCAAUUUCAUGAACAAUAUAUCAAUGUAAAUCAUAUGAAGAUAGAUCUUCAUAUUGAAACGAUCAAACCUUUCAACACUUGAAAUCCCUGGGUAAUGUAUGGUCCUGACUGAAAUGUCUGAGGUGGCUGCCAUUGGAUUGCUGAUUUUGACAAUUUUCCUAUUACAAAUUAGAAUAUUGUUGCUGAGAGAAACUCUGUCAUUUGUAUCGGUGCUUCUUGCACUCAAUUGCGUUUUAUAUACAAUUUUUAUGUACACAUUUUCGUGAUUAUAUUGCUAGAAUUCCAGACAUUUAAACACAGAGCAUGCAAGUGGGGUGGUAUAUACAUUGUAAAGGUUCAGUUGUACACUUACACAUAUUUUGUAAUUUAUUUUGAAAAAACACAUUCUCAUUAACAUGUAAAUUGUGCAGUAUUUCCUGCAGCAUUUGAACGACCGUUGUGGUGGUUAAAAUCCAUUUAUGGUUGCUAUUUGGAGAGAUUGGUUGCCUCUGCAAGCAAAUCUCCAUCCGUGGCUCGAUUGUCAAAGGGAGAUGAGCCGUGGCUCGCUUGCUCGAGUGAGGAGGCUGCGUUGUUUAUACGAAGCUAAUUAAAUCAGUACUUUGGCCACAAAUCAUCAUUCGUGGGCCACAGCACAUAAGAUAAUCGUUAUGAUUAGUGCAGUAUUAAACGUUGACGCCAAUAUCAGCAGCUGCCUGUAAAUACAUUGAUGCUUAUAGAUACUGUAAAUGGUUUAGCCAAGUGCUUCUAGAUAUACAUUGCAUAUUUGUUUAAAAUACGAAACUAUGCAAUAGAUGACACCCAUGCUAAAUAUCUAAAUACCUAUGUGUACACAAGCAGUAAUUGUUAAACUCUUUACAGCAAUGUGCUAUUGAACCGCCUUGUUUUGCUGAAGCAGUAAAUAUGGUUUAUGUAUAUAAUCCAAGGCUUAUAAAGCACCAGCUUGCAAAAUUACAUCUACCCCUUACAAGAGCAUAAUACAAUAUUAUAAAAUUCAAGGAUUAAACGACUGUUGAUGCAAA